AAACAGGGAGGGGAAAAUAAGGACAAACACAACGCUCCCGUGUGACGUCACGCCGCGCGUCACGGGAAGUCAGUGUAAACCCAGGAAGUAAAGAUGGCGACUGCCUACGAGAGGUUUAACCUGCACGCCACCCCGGACAAGUUCUACAUCGAGGCCUGUGAUGACGGCGCUAACGACGUGCUGGUCAUCGACAGAGCCUCCAUGGAGAUGACACUCACGGGUGUGAUGAACAUCCCGCCAUCAGGAGUCACCAGACCCAUCUGCGGCAUCAUGGGAACUGUUCGCCUCGUGGCUGGCAUGUACCUCAUCGUCAUCACCAGGAAGAAGAAAGUAGGUGACCUGUUUGGCCAUGUGGUGUGGAAGGCCAUGGAGUUCGACCUCAUACCCUACAAGAAGACCAUUUUACACCUUACAGAAACCCAGAUGCAGGACAACAAGACGUUCCUGUCCAUGAUCAACAAUGUCCUGAACACCGACGGCUUCUACUUCUGCACCGACUAUGACCUGACCCACACACAGCAGCGCCUCGCCAACACCAGCCCCGACUUCCAGGAGAUGAGCCUGCUCGAGAGAGCUGAUCAGAGGUUUGUGUGGAACGGAAAUCUGUUGAGAGACUUCGCUGCACAGCCUGAGCUCCACAAGUUCACCUUUCCCGUCAUCCACGGCUUUAUUGUGAUGAAGCCAUGCUGCAUUAACGGCAAGAUAUUCGAAUGGAUCCUAAUCUCCCGGAGGAGCUGCUUCCGAGCCGGCGUCCGAUACUACGUCCGAGGGAUCGACUCGGAAGGACACGCCGCUAACUUUGUUGAAACGGAACAGAUAGUGCAGUAUAAUAACAGCAGAGCCUCCUUUGUGCAGACUCGAGGCUCCAUGCCUUUCUUCUGGUCUCAGAGACCCAACCUGAAGUACAAGCCCAAGCCGCAGAUCAGCAGCACCACCAAUCACCUCGAUGGAUUCCAGAGACAUUUUGACUCUCAGGUUCUCAUUUACGGGAAGCAAGUGAUUCUGAAUCUGGUCAAUCAGAAGGGUUCAGAGCUGCCUCUUGAGCAGGCGUUUGCCAAAUUGGCGAAUAACAUGGAUAAUGGGACCAUUAAGUACAUAGCCUUUGAUUUCCAUAAGGAGUGCAGUAAGAUGAGAUGGCAUCGCCUGCAGAUCUUGGUGGACGCCGUGGCUGAGAUGCAGGAUGAAUUCGGGUACUUCAUGCUGAACUCGGACGGGAAGGUGGUGGUGGAGCAGAGUGGAACAUUCCGCAGUAACUGCAUGGACUGCCUGGAUCGUACCAACGUGAUUCAGAGUCUUUUGGCCCGGCGUUCCCUGCAGAGCCAGCUUCAGAGGAUGGGAGUCCUUAAUGCCGGCCAGAAGAUUGAAGAGCAAGCUAACUUUGAGAAGACCUACAAGAAUGCCUGGGCUGAUAACGCUAACGCAUGUGCUAAACAGUACGCUGGCACUGGAGCGCUAAAGACCGACUUCACCAGGACCGGGAAAAGGACUCACUGGGGUUUGCUGAUGGAUGGCUGGAAUUCUAUGAUUCGUUAUUACAAGAACAACUUCUCAGACGGCUUCAGACAGGACUCCAUCGACCUCUUCCUCGGCAACUAUUCAGUGGAUGAAUCGGAGAGUCUGACACCACUCCAAGUGCAGAAAGACUGGAAAUUCCUCACGUUACCCGUCAUCAUGCUGGUGGCCUUCUCCAUGUGCAUCCUGUGCCUGUUUAUGGCUGGUGAAGCCUGGACAGAGACCAUUGCCUACGUGGUGUUCUGGGGCACAGCCUGCGCUCUCACAGCUGCGGUCAUCCUCUUUAACGGGAAGGACUUUGUCGACGCACCCAAGCUGGUCCAGAAAGAAAAGAUGGACUGAACAUAGCCCUGUUCACCUUUUCUCCCCCUCCGUCUUCUUCUUCUUCUUCUUCUUCUUCUUCUUCUUCUUCUUCUUCUUCUUCUUCUUCUUCUUCUUCUUCUUCUUCUUCUUCUUCUUCUUCUUCUUCUUCUUCUUCUUCUUCUUCUUCUUCUUCUUCUUCUUCUUCUCCUUCUUCUUCUUCUUCUUCUUCCUCAUCAUCAUUCUGGAGUCUGUACUGAUCUGCUCUUGUCCUGUAUGUGCAGUCUGUCUCUUUUUAUUACAGAUGUAACCUCAUGAAACACUUGGGACAGGGUCCAAUGAUAUAUUUACACUCGAUGCUUCAGGUGCAGUUGCGUUAAAGGUCCAAAAAAAAUCUCCCGAGUCCACUGACGUCAAAUUUGUGACACCUUUUACGUGUCUGUGUUACUAUUUCAACUAAAUCAUCAAAUCAUAUCGAAAUUAAAUCAAAUAUGAAUUUGAAAAAUGCGCCAAAUUGUAUGUGAACCGGAUUUAUUUCUUUAGAACAGUAUAGAACCGUAAUUUCUAGUAAUAUACACCAUGUCCCAUGAGUCCAGCACCAUAGAAUAAAAUUAAAUAAAUUAAUAAAUACUUAAUAUGUCCGUCAUUUUCUUAGUUCACAGAUUCCUAUGAGUAUGAAUUAUCUGGAUGUCUGUUCUCUUGAACAGCUACGUCAAGGUCUAUGUCUAAAAAUAUAAACCUCUAUAUGAACCCUAUGGUGCUGAACUAAUGGGAGAGCCUGUAUAUUGAAAAAUAAUAUCAACACAGUCGGUAUUAUUCUGAUAUAAAUCCAGUGGACUCGGAUGUUUUACACAGCACAAGAUCUUCGGUGGACCGUUUUGUUGUAGCUCACACAUUUACUGAGCAAUAUCGUUGUUACCAAAGUUGCGUUGGUUCUUUCUAGACGUGUAAAGUUGUCAAACAUCCAUUCCAACUAGAUGCACUGUGCAAUCGAGGAAGGUCUAGUACAUACGCUGUCUGAAACAAAGGAACUAGAGUGACGCCAUCGAGGAUGCACUCAACAGCCACUUUAUUUAGAACAGCUGUAUCCCCUGCUCAUUAUGUGCCAGAUGUGUAGGCUCAGAUUUCUGUUCAUAGCUCUUCCUCAUGUCACCUUCUGCUGCUGUAGCUCAUCCUCCUUAAUGUUUUGCCGUGCUUGAGUUGCUUUUCAGCUCACCACGGUUGUGAUGAUUUGAGUUGCUGUAACCUUCCAGUCAGCUCAGACCAGACUGAAUAUCUCUCUCUCCUUAUUAAGACGUUUCUACCUGCUGCUGCUCACUGGAGUGUUUUUUUUUCCCCCCCAUCAUCGGGACCAAGCUGUAUAAACUCUAAAGACUACUGUGUGCAGCAGAUUCUGAUGAACUCUGGCAAGUUAUUCUAAUCUUUGACAUGAACCAUUUUGUUUUGUUCUGCCACCUCGUGAACGAGCAGAGAUAGUAGGGUUCCUAAUAAAGUGGCCAGUGAGAGUAUGCUUCGAGGAGACGUAUAACAACGAGAGUACCUUUAUUUCUGAAAGCCGAUGCUAACGAUGUACAAUACUCCAUAACGCUCAUCACUUACACAUCUGUCCCCUUUCACCUCCCACCCCCCCUUUUUCCCUCUCCUGACCUCUCCUUAACAUCUUAUUCAGUGCUUUGUUUAUAGUUUAUCCUUUUUGUUCAGGGCAUAAGAGUACAAAAGGUAGAUACAAAAUGUUGAGUUAGUUAGGUUAAGUCGAGUAAGCUUGUCGGGUCCUCUCAGCACUUUACCGAUGAUUUCCGUUCCUGGAACACAACACUAAGAGAUUUAUGAAGCGUGAGCACGUUCCCUAAUAACGGCUGCAGUGUUAUUCUUCGAUUUUAUAGGCAGAGUAGCGAGGGUGAUGGUGAUAUUUUAUAACGUUCCAAUUCUUUUCUGCUUUAUUUCACUUCCUAUUUAAUGAUUUGGGGAAAUUUUGCGGCUCGUCUCGAAUCGUUUUAUUUUUUCUUUUCUUUUCGUAAGGGCACUGAAAACGAAUGUAUGCGUGUUCUGUGAAGUCUAGAUUGUUUAGGAUUAUCAAAUUUAACGUGGCGUAAUUGAUGAAAGGAUUUCAGACUCACUGAUUGGUUAUAUUGCAAAGCACACACACACACAUGCACAAGUAGUACUUCGGUUUUCAGUGCAUUUCAACACUCGAUAUUCCCGGCUAGAAAAACCUUUCAGCACAAGCUCGUGAGUAAUCCUGAUCGUUUCGUUUGAUCUGUAAUUUGUAAAUUGUACAUUGGUAUAAUGAAGACAUCAGUUAUAAAUAGGACAUUGUAAUUAUAUGCUGUAAUGUAUGGUUUACAGUUAUAGAAUUAGCAUCGAAUCACUCAGAACCGAUCGCACACUGUUACAAAUGACUCUGUAGUUUUAUCCUGGACUCCGCGACACGGAUACGACAUUCCCGCUCUGAUGAUUAGGGAUGUACUGUAACACGAUGUUGUUGUUUUUUUUUGUUCUGAAAAUGUACUCUUGAUUCAUUCCGAGAGGUUACAUAUGCCUCACUUAUUAACUUUGUAAUAAAAUGUCUGAUUGCUGUGUGAGUGCA